UUUUAAAAAAAGCUCACAAAUUAGAAGUUCUACUAAAAAUCCUAUCCUAUAACGAUAUGGAGUUCAUUAAUUCAAUUCCAUUAGGUUAUAGAUUUUCACCAAAAGAUGAUGAGCUCAUUGAGCAUUAUUUGAUGAAGAAAAUCAAUGGUGAACAAUUACCAACAAUUAAUGAUUUUCAAGAAAUAUAUAUCAAUAAUUAUCAUCCUCAAGAACUUUGCACUGCGGAAAAUAGACACAAAAGAGGGAACAAUUGGUAUUUCUUCACAAGAAGGGAAAGGAAGUACCAAAAAGGGUGUAUACCAAAUAGAAAAGUGGAAGGCAGCAAAGGCUUUUGGAAAGCUACUGGUAAUGAUGUAGAAAUAAAGAAAAAUGGUCAAAUUAUUGGGUACAAAAAGAUACUUGAUUUCCAAGAAGAAAAAGGAAUUAAAUCUAAGUGGAAAAUGCAUGAAUUUCGUAUUAAUAAAAAAAGUUCUCCACCUGAUGCAAAUUGUUCAAGUGAAAAUCAAAAAGAGUUGGACAAAUAUGUAUUGUGCGAGAUCUAUAUCAGCACUAGGACCAAUAAUAACUCUGAGGUUCUGAAUUAUCGCAAUGAUGGCAAUAUUAUUCAACCUACGAGCGAUAAUAUUGAGGAGGUUAAGCAUGUCAGUCACAAUGUCAAUAUUAUUCAAGCUACGAGCGACAAUAUUAAUGAGGAUAGAAAUGUCAGUGACAAUGACAAUAUUAUUGAUCAAGAUGACGAUUCGAUUCUUGAAAAUGUCAACAUGUAUCCUUGGCAUGAACAAAAUUUUGUAGGUAUUAACAACAAUUUGGAGUUUGGUGGUAAUCAUCAAUUUGUCCAAGAAAUUACUACUCCAAAUUUGUUGUCAUCAUCAUCAAGUAAUCAUGUUGAUCAUCUUCCAAAUUAUUGUGAUCAUGAUGGCAAUAAUGUUUAUCAUUAUAAGGGUUUUGAUGAGCUUGGUGUAGUGGUAAGACCUUAUUUACAGAUGAAAAAAUUUAAAGAGUACUAG